AUGGCGGAGCUGGAGACGGACCCGGGUCCAGAGCCCGGGCGUGCAUGGCGGGUGCUCGCCCUGUGUGGGGCUGCAGUGUUCCUGGCAGCAGCAGCUGCUGGCGGGGCCCUGGUGGCCUGGAAUCUGGCUGCCUCUGCUUCCCGGGGCCCUCGCUGCCUGGAGCCAGGGGCCAAUGUCACAGCACCACCCGGGGACUCGCCUGAGGUUGAGGAUCUGCGGCACCAGUUGGCAGAGGCUGCCCAGCGCGAGGAAGCCCUGGCCAGGCAGCUGGACCAGGCCAAUAGUGUCCGUUUGGAGUUGGAGAAGGCACUAAAGGCCUGUGAGGGCCGCCAGAAUCGGCUUCAGACCCAAAUAACGGCACUGAAGAUUGAGAUGGAAGAAGCCAAGGCACAGGGAACCCAGAUGGGAGCUGAGAACGGGGCACUGACAGAAGCCCUGGCGCGCUGGGAGGCGGCGGCCACGGAGUCUGCGCGGCUGCUGGACCAGGCACAGCGACGCGCAAGCGCGGCUGAGACAGAAAGCGAGGCCUGCGUGGCCCGCGAAGCGGCACUGCGCGAGCGCGUUAACACUCUGGAAGCCGAGAUGGGUACCCAGCGCAGAGGGCCGCGGCCUCGGCCUCGCUCAGAGUCGAGACCCCGGCCCAGCCCCCGCUCGGGGUCCAAACCCCGGCCAAGUCCCGGCUCCCGCUCUCGUCCCGGACCUUCUGGGGGCUGCCGGCGGCCAGCGAGGCGUGCACGAGGGUGA